UUCACUGGGUAUUUUCAGCUGCAGGUUUUUUUUCCUCUCUCUCGCUCUCUCUUGCCCCUGUCCCUCUCUCUGUGCCUCUGUGUUAAAGCUUCCACAAAAGUCUCCAGAAAUAAAGCGGCCGUUUCCCUCUUUUAUUGUUGUGAUCUCGCAUUCCCGGCCGGAUACAUCCCGAGCGUCUGAAAAACUUCCUGGAUACCUCCCUUAACAACCAGCCGACCUCCCGGGCCUGGCCAGCAGCCUUUUAAGUGCCAUUUCAACCCUUUAUUACCCUUUGUUUUUGACUCUUUUUUAAAAAAAAGAGAAAGACUCGGAGAGGAGGAAGUUGAAGGAUUUUGUAUGAAGAAUGGAUUGUUCAAAACUUACAGAAUGUGAGAUGUGAAGUCAGAAGGUUAUUUUAUUAAAAGCGAGAACCAUCUGGAUUGCAUUUGCCUGAGAAAUUAUGUUCAUUGAAGAAUGUGGCCUACUAUGGAUUCAAUUAGAAGAUUACUUUGUCUUCAUAAUCAACACUAGUCUGCAGAAUAAGUGAAGCUGAAAAAAACUGCUUUCAUGACAUAAAUUAUCUUGAAGUUCAGAACCGGAUUGAGAUAUUGUGAAUCAUGUACAUCGUGUUCAGGAAGCAACCAUUUCUCUCCAUGUAGCACUACUGUACAACUCCAAACCCUCUGAAUCAUCCAACAGCACUAAAUGAAUGUGGAUUAUCAUGAGGCAUUGAUUUUAAACAAAAUGGUGGUUUUUGAAGCGAUGAUUCCUCAUUGAGCCAGAAGAUCUUGAUUACUUCGUACAGUGGGCAAGCACUGUACCAUAUGGUCACGUUUCAGAGGCCAUGAUGACAUGAAGUCCGAAGAUAUCAUCUGACUUUUGAUAUCUUUAGGGUGUCACAAGCAGAAACGUGAAAAUGAAUGGAGGAAACGAGAAUGAUGGUGAAAAAGAUGGUGGGAGCUCAGCAGUCCAAGUUCCAAUAGGAUGGCAGCGGCAAGUUGACCAGAAUGGAGUGCUAUAUAUGAGUCCAAGUGGCUCUGUAUUGGCCUGCAUCGAGCAAGUUAAAACAUAUCUACUUACUGAUGGAACUUGCAAAUGUGGCUUGGAGUGUCCUCUUAUUCUUUCAAAGGUAUUCACUUUUGACCCUGGAGCAACCGUCAAACAAAGAACAGCAGAGGAUGUGAAGGCAGAUGAAGAUUUGACAAAACUUUGCAUUCAUAAACGAAAAAUCAUUGCUGUAGCUACACUACAUAAAAGUAUCGAAACACCACAUCCUUCCUUGCUUUUAACAAGCCCAGGUGGUGGAACAAGUGGCACUCCUAUGGUACAAUCUCGGGCUGCAACUCCUAGAGCAACGAGAAAUAAGUCACAAGAAGUAAUAACAAAUUCUUCGGUGCCAGACUACAAGAACACAUUUCUGCCUAAAUUGAUGGGGGGUCCCAAUGCUGCAUCACGGCUUUAUCAACAAGACCUAUGUGGAAGCCCCCAACAAGAACUUCAUGGCUAUUCCAGGCAAAGGCUGGGUAGCAAUGAUCAAGGACAGAAGUCUCCAUAUCGUGGAAGUCAUGGUGGUCUUUCUAGCCCAGCGUCAUCAGGAUCACAGAUCUAUGGAGAUGGUUCUAUAUCUCCCAGGACUGAUACAAUGGGAAGCCCUGACGUGUUUACGCGAAGUAAUCCAGGCUUUCAUGCUGGGCCAAACUCCAGCCCAAUUCACAUUAAUAGAAUACCCCAUUCCCCACCCACAGUUCUGAUGCAGAAUUCUUCAUCCCACUCAUCCUGUGCUAUGGCUGGUAGGACUUCUAUACCUCUUUCACCGACAAUGACUACAAAAAGCCCAGUAAUGAAAAAACCAUCUUGUAAUUAUUCAUCGAAUAUGGAUAUGCCACGAAUUAUGUUUCACAAACCUCCCCAAGGACCCCCAACACCAUGUGCUCUCCAGAAAAAGCCAUUGCCCUCAGAAAAAGAUCCGUUAGGUAUCCUUGAUCCUAUACCAAGUAAACCUAAUCCAGUACUUAUGAAUACAUCUAAUUUCCAGACAACCAUGCACUCUCAGGUACCUAUGAUGAAUGUAAACAUGCCUCCUGCUGUUGUCCCUCUGCCAAGCAAUCUACCAUUGCCAACUGUUAAACCUGGCCCAGUAAAUCAUGGAACUCAUGUUCCACGGGUUCAACAUUCAACUUCCACAUCUGUGUCUCCUGCUCCAGUUACCUCUCCUGUACAUAUGAUUGGAUCUGUAAUGGGAAGAAUUGAGGCGUCACCACAAAGGUCUCGGUCAUCAUCCACAUCAUCUGAUCACGGAAGCUUAAUGAUGCCACCUGCAGGACCUCAAUCUGGCUGCAGUGGAAUAAAGGUUCCUCCAAGGUCGCCAAGGUCAUCUAUGGGUUCUCCACGGCCAUCUAUGCCAUCCAGUCCAUCUACUAAGCCUGAUGGGCAUCAUCAAUACAAAGAUAUUUCUAAUCAGCUGUUGGUUGGAAUGAACAACGUUUUGAAUCCUCAAAAUAAUCCUCUGUUUCCAUCCGUAUCUGUUGGGAAUGUUCAACAACAAAAGGGUCAGCCAGGUUUGCUAGGAAUGCCCUUAAAUCAAAUUUUGAACCAGCAUAAUGCUGCCUCAUUUCCAGCAAGCAGUUUACUUUCAGCAGCAGCCAAAGCACAGCUAGCUAAUCAAAACAAACUGUCUGGUAGUAACAGUAGUGGUGCUGUUGGCAGUGGUGGCAAUAGUGAAGGACACAGCACUUUAAAUACCAUGUUUCCACCAACUACAAACAUGCUGCUUUCAGUGAAUGAAGGUCAAAGUGGCCGUGCAGCACUGAGAGACAAACUAAUGGCACAGCAAAAGGAUCCUUUAAGAAAGCGGAAGCAAGCUACCCCGACAGUAUUGAGUAUGCUGAAACAGUCUCAGAUGAGCAGCUCAGGAGUUCCAAAGUCUGUGAUUGACUCUUUAAGGAAACAAGGACAAAAUUCAUCUGUGACUAUGAAUAACACCAUGUCUCAGUUACUUCAGUCAAUGAGUUCACAGAGUUCUCAAAUCAGUGGCAAUAGCAGUGCUAGUUGUGGUAGUUCCACGACAGGUAUUUCUUGUUCAACCAACCAACAUAAUUUUUCAAACACUAGUUUGAACUCUGGUUCCAUUCAUAACCUAUCAGCUCAAAAUCUAACAAGAGGGGAAGGUAUUUCUUGCCAGAAUACAAAUAGUAGUUUAAUCCACAGUUGUCAGGGCCUAAACAAUCAAUUUGUUGGGUUAGUUGGACAGCCUCAUGAUGGUGGCAAUUGUGGGCUGCUUCACCAAUCUGGAAUGACUUUGGGAAAUAGUUUGCAUUCAAACCAUCAUUCAAGAAUUGCAGCCUCUUCUGUAAUGGUACCAAACAGUAGUGGCAUUUGUUGCCAAACCAAUGCUGACACAGGAGGGCAGGAUGGUCCAUCCUAUGGACAUCUGCACAGACGCGAACGUUGUUCCUUGCUCAACCUAUCAGGAGGUAGUUCUGGCCAGGCAGCAUCCAUGGCCAUUGCAGGCACCAACCAACUUGCCAUUACCAAGACAACAUCCGUUCUGCAAGAUGGAGUUAUAGUUACAACAGCAGCUGGAAAUGCAUUGCAUAAUCAGAUCCCCAUGGGGGGUACACUUCCCAUCAUUGGUCAAAACAAGGCUUUUCAUUUUGGACAUGCCAUCCCUACGAGUAGCAAUCAUACCCACUCUCUGAACCCAAACCUGCUUGGCUCUCUGUCCAUUCCUUUUGCAAUGAACCAGCAACAUCUUCUGAACCAGAAUAUGCUGAACAUGUUACCCACAUCAGUAGAUGGCAAGGGAGAAGUCUCUAUGAAUCCUUUGGGAAUUCUGAACCCAAAUUUAAAUGCAGCUUUGACUUUGCUUCCUGGUGAUUUGGCGGGACAGACUUUACAACCUGUUCAGCUUUUGGCAACACUGUUUCAAAACCAGGCACAGGCUACAAUGCUACCCCUUACAUCUUUUAACUUGACUCUCCCAGAUUUAUUGCAGCAACAAAACCACCCUUCACCUUCUGUGACACAAAUCCAAUCCCCGCCAGAUCAUUUGCAUAGCAAUCAAUUAGUUAGUAACAGAUCACAAACCCUUUUGACAAACCCUCUGGGGAACCCUUUACCAAGCCUUUCAAGCAUUGAUACCACUACAAACCCUCUCCUCCUCCCAGCUGUCACAGCAGCCCCAGGACUAAUGGCCCUCAAUCCCCAUCUGUUGCGAAGUGUUCUGCACUCUCCUUUGAACCAUGGUAUAAAUCACUCUGAAGUUUCCAUAGCAACCUCAUCCCAGGCAACCACUACCACCAGUACAUCAUCCGUAGCAGCACUUGCUGUCUCAACUCUUGGUGGGACAGCAGUCAUGUCAAUGGCAGAAUCGCUGCUACCCAUUUCAGCUGCUGGGCAUGCAACAGGACCUACAAAAUUGAACAACUUGCUACCACACCUCCCUUUGCUAGGAACCAACUUUCUUGGUGAUGUACCUUUAUUCAAUAAUAGUAUCAACAAUCCACAAUUAAGCCAUCUCCAGACAUUGCUCAACAGUAAUCAGAUGCUUCCACAGACUCAUCAUCAACUUCUACAAAGUCUGCAAGGGACUCAUGGUCUCCAGGAGUUUCAGAAUCACACUUCGCUUUCAGGCCCAAGCAACCCUCUCAACCCCAUGUCAUGUUUUUUUCAAAACUUUCAGGUGAGCCCAGCACAUGAUGUCUCACUUUCAAAUGCACCUGCAAACUCUGAACCAGGAACAAUAUUACUCUCUGAAGGCUCCCAUACUGCACCUCCCAAUUUUCAUGAGCUGGCGGGUGACCACCAUCGAAUAGAACAGAUUCAAGCAAAGCAAGACAGAGAACGGGUGCUGACUGUGGGUCCUCAUGACCCUUCUGUUGAUGCUAUUUACAAAGCUGUGGUAGAUGCUGCAAGCAAAGGGAUGCAAGUUGUGAUCACUACAGCAGUGAGUAGUACUUCACAAAUGAGCCCCAUCCCAGCUCUGAGUGCCAUGAGUGCCUUUACUGCCUCCAUUGCAAACCCUGUGAAUCUUUCCAAUGCAGUCAACGCGGUGAUUCAUGGGAAAAGACUCUCCAGCAUGGAGAACGACAGUCGACUCAACAAUCAAACUAUCCUGGCAAACAGGCAUGCCAGAGGAGUGAGGUUGCACAAAAAUUCUGGGCAAGCAAAAUUCACUGCUGAGGGGGAGGGAUUUGAAUACUUUAAAUCGCCAGGUCGCAACACUCCGAAAAAGCAAUGGGAAAAUGAACAGCAGCCAAUUGAUGCAACAUUGUGGAAAUGUGAGAAGUUUCUAGAACACUCUGGCCAAGUAAAUCAUAGUCCUUCAGCAGAAAGGAUGCCUUCCUUUCAGGGAGAUCAGACUGAUGCGGGAUUACAGCAGAAAAACUGCCAGUUGGACAAAAGAUUUCACGAGGACAGCUUCAGGUUCAAUAGUCAAAAAAGACACAUUGUUAACAUGAAAGAAAGGCUAGAGAACACUGUGGAAAGAUGCACACAUAUCAACGGAAACCGGUCUCAACAGAGCAGGAACUUCGGUGAGUUGCUGACAGCCCCCAAACAGGAACUUGCCAGAGAGGAGCAAUCUCCGAGUUCCUCGGCUAGUUUGGAGGGAAUGCCAGGCUCCUUGGCGCACGAAUAUAUUUACAAUGGAGAUUAUAAUUCAGAAAACAUUAAUGGAUGUGCUCCAAGUCCGUCAGACACUAAAAGCUUAAGCAGUGAUGAUGAUUUGAGGAUUCCAGAUUCGCCCUCUAACGAAUUAAUACACUACAGACCAAGGACGUUUAAUGUUGGUGACUUGGUCUGGAGUCAAUUAAAGGGAUUUCCUUCCUGGCCUAGUAAACUGGUGAGAGAAGAUGAAGUACACAGCUCCUGUCAACAAAACACUGAAGAGGGGAAGGUAAAUAAUACAGUCCAUCAGACACAACAGAAGGAGAGACAAGUCAAGUCACCAAAAGCCAAGAGGCGAAAAAUUUCUAGAUAACGUUCAAUGUCUUCAUCACUGAUUAUAGUUAUAUGGUGGAACUGUAUGUAUAUAGAGUCUUAGUUAUCCACAACGCUACAAGGUGCUAAUGAACCGUGGUACAGUGUUUCUUCAAUAAUGAGCAAAGAUUAUAUGUUGGAUAGCUCAUCAGAAACCUUGUGAGAUCAUGGUUACAGUUUAUCUACUGCUUGCCUAAAAAUUGACAUUUUCUACAAUACUAAAAGAAAAUCAAGAAUAUCAAAAACUGAAUAGUCCAAAUGUUUCUGACAAAUUUUCAUGUGUAUAUAGAUUAUGCAAAAUUUCAUGGUAAUAUCAAAUUGUAAAUACUGUAUAAAGUUGUCAUGUACAAGCAUACUUAAUGCACAGUUUAUCUUUUUCUUGUACAAAAUAGUGUACAAAAUUAUUUGGUUUCUAUUGAGUACACAUACAAGAGAUUACCAGUGUAAAGAGGAUAAAUAAAAAUGCCGCUUAAAGCUUUUAUAUGCAAGAUGCUGUUUUUGUAUUUAACAGCAGAUGAGGCAUGGUUAUGUGAUAACUUGAUUAUGACAGACACUUCACACCACCAAUGUUCAUUUCUAUUCUGUUUAGAAUUCUGUCCUUUGUGCAAUGGCAUGGAGGUCUCCUGCAGUCCUACAUGCAAACUUCAUGUAAAAUUCAUGUCUUUAUUCCCUCACUUUUUCACCAUUCUGAUGGGUGUGUACUGUUUUAAUGGUAUUGUCUGUGUUUUCUUAUCAGUCAGCUUUUUUGCUGUUUUAUGUCAAAACAAAUGUUUUAUCCAUCAAAAAUGUGCGCUUUCAUAUUUAAUUUUGCUUUUCUUUGCUUUAUUCCUGAACUGUCUUGUAAUGACCAACUUUGCUCUUUGUUUUGACAUUGAUUUGUAUUUUCUCACAUGUAUACUUUACAUUAGUAGAACAUGUAAAGUAUGUUGUGCACUUGAUUUUAAUUAGUUGAUGGCAUUUAUGUGGAUGAUAGGACUAGUUUGUUCCAGUCCAUGCAAGUUCUAAAGGUUUUAUGGUUUCAUGUAAAGGACAGUAAUUGUAAAUAUUGUGAACAUUACAGGUCGUGCAGUGUUGUAACAUUUUUAAUAAUGUUGCACCUACUUUACAAUUAAAAACUGGUCACUCAUACUUGA